AUGUUUAUUCCAAUUGGAUUUAAUAUUCAAGAAAAUAAUUGUGUACCAUCAACAGAUCCAUUUUAUUUAUUUAUUCAAGUGAUUGUUUUUGUUAUAUUAAAUAUUCCAGGUGCAUUAUUUAGUUUAUAUACAUUUAUAACACGAACAAAUAUAAAAACUAUCGAUCAUUUAGCUAUUGAUUCAUUUCUUAAUACAAUUGUAAUCAAUCUUGCUCAUACUCAUUGUGCAUUGACAUUUUAUUUAUAUACAUUGACAUCGAAAGAAUUUCGAAAACAAUGUUUAUUAACUAUUUGUUAUAUUCAACGACAAUUUAUUAUUCGAUUUCAAUAA